AUGCCUGUCGCUCUUUCAAAAGUGCAUAAGCAGAUCUCUAAGAAGCGUGGGGUUGUCAAUGCGCUCCAUGAAAAUAGCCGCGAUGCCCACCGACUCCGCAAGGCUGGUGCUCGAGACGAUCGACUGUCCCGCCAUGGCGCCACGGUGAUGAGAGCCCGCCAGCCAUACAUGGAUCGAAUUGAUUAUAUCUAUGAGGCAGUGCAAGAGAUGUCCGAUGCCCUAUCGGACGAAGAACUUGCUGAAUUUGUCAAGACUUACAUCAACCGUGAUACCCCCGAGAUUGAGCUACUUCAAUCCGAGCGACGGAAAGGACGUCCUGCAAGCAAGCGGGAAGAGGCCUUGAAAGAGCGUGUGCAGACCGAAGAUAGGGAAUUCACCACCGGUCUCUGGAUGCCCGACCUCAGUGAUUCAUAUGUGAUGACCACCCUGAAGGCCUGGAACAGAGACUGGUCAGGCCUCAGUGCCAUGAAGUUUAUCCGAUUCAAGAAGAGCGGAGAGAAGCUGGCAUCUAGCUUCCCUCCCAAUCGCAUGUCAUGA